AUGUUUGCAGUUACAGAGAGAGAGAGCAAAUUCGUGACAAAAAUACCAUACGACAUCUUGGAGGUUAUCAUGAUCAACAUGAACCCCGCUCACCUACUCAAGUUAGCAGCAACUUGCUGGCACUUUCGGCAAGCGGUCGCGCUCUGGCUCAGAAACAACACAGUGCGUCUUAUAACGGAAAGAGGCAUUUCCAACACCUCGAGGUUGUUGCAUGCAGUCGACCGCUUCAAGUGCAUUAUAGCCGGUCCGGACAUGCUCGGUAUAUGGUUUCCGGGCUUAGAAUCCAAGACGGGUUUGCAUAUUUUCGUACCCAGCAGCUACAGAGCACAGAAGGAGAUUCAGGUCAUACUUCAAGAUCACGGAUUCACCAAAGACGAGAUUCAACAGAGACUCAUGGACGACAACCCGUACCAGGCCAAAGCAAUCUACCCCGAAUUCGGCGCGACGGUAUUUGGAGUCGAGCAUUGGAAGAAUACUGGAGGGUUGACGUGCUACCUGAUUAUGUCCAAGUUCGCAGAUCCCCUGGCCUCGUUAGCAGAGCUGCCAAACACCAUGUUCAUGCUGGGGACCGACGGCAAGGACGCUAUCAUGAUGUAUCCGAGGUACACGCUAAGGUUGGAAGGCGUGUCGAACUACGACUAUUUCGGUCACGAAGUUAUCGAUGAAUGCACCCACUACGCCAAUCACGGCUUCAUUACCUGGGAUCACGACACCUUCUCUCCCGUCACACCCCACUCGUCUUGCGGAUACAAUAUAGAUUGUCUAUUCGCAAUAAGGAACUCACACGAUCACCAAAUCCUGCGCACUCGACUACGCCCAGCUGACAAAAUAGAGAAGGCAAUGAAACCAACUCGAUGGCCACGACCUCUCACUCUAUGGAGGCUGCGAUGUCACGAUAUCUGUGGCAACCAUCCUUUUCCGUACGACCUGAACGCCAACAAAGCACUGUACCAGUGCAACUCGAAAAUCAUAACAGACUAA